AUGUUUGAGUAUACCGAAGCCCAAGGACAACGUAGACCACCUAUGCAGAGAUCGUAUACCUCGGGUGCACCCGCCAACUAUGCUCUGUCAUACCCAGACGGGCCCUCACACUCAAGGAGCAAUAGUCUUGACGUGAGCUCCGGUUCGUGGCCUGCUCAAUGGGAGCAAUCCCAGGGCCCUUCCGGCUCAAGCUCGAGCGCAUCCUGGCUCGUCUCUCCAUCUAACGUCUUUACCCAUCCCCGAUCCGCGCCAACUUUUGACCCUGUCUCUCUCAACAUCUCCUCACCACCCACCCCUGCCUCUAAUGCCCCAUCCGCCACCAGUCCUUCUCAAGAAUUAGAACAGCUCAGGCAGCGAGCCCGUGAGCUCGAAAUCAUCAAUCAGUUUGCGACCGCUCGGGUUGAGGAGCUUGAGAAGGAAAGGGCUCUAUACCGCCAACGAGGCAUCGAUGGCACACCCCCUAUAACCCCUGACCUUGCUGCCGAAUGGGAAGCCCGCACCGAAGCGCGCAAACGACAAUACUGCUCUCCCAACCGUGCUGGCAAUGCCUUGUGUGCAUGGCACGAUUCACGGCGUGAGCGUCGCGCAUACCCAGCGCGGAUGGCACCACCGAACCACCUCAACUGUGGGUGUACAUUCAACGAGGCACUUUUCGAACAAGCUCUGGCCGCACACGGAGUCGGAUCCUACUAUCCUGGAGAGUCUGUUCGCAUGGACCCAGCCCUACGUACCCCCCUUCUCAAGCUGCUCGAAUGGAGAUACGGCUACCGAGACGGUGAUUUCGAUCGCGACCCCGUAACCGGACAGUGGAUUACUCAGGCCAGAGAGGAGAAAAAAGAGUAG